AUGGCUUCAGCUUCUCUCAUGGCAAAUUUAAUAAACCCAAUCCCACUUAAAGUUUUUUCUGAUUCUCGGAUUAGUAAGCCAAGAAUCUCUUCUUCUUUUGGGCAGAUUAAAUUGCCGGAGUGGAGUUCCUUCUCAGUUGCACCCAGGCAUGCACCUGUAAUAUCAGAGACCAGCUCUUGCUUAGCUCAAGUUUGGAGAGAGAUUCAAGGCUCCAAAAAUUGGGAGAACCUUGUGGAGCCCUUGAACCCUCUUCUACGUGAAGAGAUCAUAAGGUAUGGUGAGCUUGUCACAGCAUGUUACAAGGCCUUUGACUUCGAUCCCAACUCCAAACGCUACUUGAAUUGCAAGUAUGGGAAGAAAAGCUUACUAAAAGAAGUUGGCCUUGAAGAUUCUGGUUAUGAAGUAACCAAGUACAUCUAUGCAACACCAGACAUCAAUGUUCCAAUCCAGAAUGGCGAGUGUUGCGCCCGUUGGAUCGGAUACGUUGCAGUGUCAAAUGAAGAUGCAGUAAGGAGGCUUGGUAGAAGAGAUGUGGUUGUAACAUUCCGAGGAACUGUCACAUAUCCUGAGUGGCUUGCGAACUUCAUGAGUUCCUUGACGCCUGCAAGAUUAGACCCUAUGGACGCUCGGCCGGACGUGAAGGUAGAAUUAGGGUUCCUGAGUUUGUAUACAUCAGAAGACAGCAAUAGCCGUUUUGGCUUUGGGAGCUGCCGCGAACAGCUUCUUUCGGAGGUUUCUCGCCUUGUUAACAAGUAUAAAGGUGAGGAGGUGAGUAUAACAUUUGCUGGACACAGUAUGGGGAGUGCCUUGGCACUCCUUCUUGCAUAUGAUUUUGCCGAGCUAGGCUUAAAUAGUACUGAUUCGAACCGAAAAUUACCUCUAACAGUCUACUCUUUUGCGGGUCCUAGAGUCGGGAAUCCCGGCUUCAAGGAACGAUGUGAGGAGUUGGGGGUUAAGGUUCUAAGAGUAGUGAAUGUUAAUGACCCAAUUACAAAGCUUCCUGGGGUUCUCUUCAAUGAGAACUUCAGAGUUUGGGGAGAUAAAUAUGAGCUCCCAUGGAGCUGCUCAUGUUAUGCUCAUGUGGGAGUUGAGUUAGCUCUUGAUUUCUUCAAGAUGCAAAACCCUUCAUGUGUUCAUGAUUUGGAAACCUAUAUCAAGUUAUUGAGAUGUCCUAAGAAGGUUGGAGUUCAAAAAGAUGGGGAGGAUCUUAUAAACAAAAUAAAGGAGUGGCUUUUGAGAGUACAGAAGUUGGAUACAUGGUCAUGGAAAAAUGCUACAAAGAACAUCAUGGCUAAUUUCAAUGUCUAA